CUGCUGGUCCUCACAGAGACAGUGAAGUCACACACACCUCUCCACUCUCUCUCAGUGUGGUUCAGACCAGAGGGAGGAAUGGCGGCCCCUCGGAGUUUCCUCAUCACUCUCUCCGGUUUAUCUCUGUUUUUAUAUUUCUCUUGUGGAUCUACGACCACAGGAAACAAGAAGGCAAACCAGGAGCGAUGCGGUUACAAGGUGCAGUCUGGUGCAGAUGGAGAUCGCAGGUUGGCCGUCACCUUCAGAGCUGACAACUGUUCAUUAAACUACCCGUUAGGGAAACAUGUGAUCCAUGAAGUCACCAACGUCUCCUUCAGCCAUCUGGCCUGUGAGGAUCAGGCCGCCGUGGUCGUCCACUGGUCCGCCAGUCCACUAGGAAUCGAACACAUUAAAGGCUUCAGAGUUUAUCUGGAGGACAAGAAUCCAGAAGGGAAACAGUGUCAACAUCUGAUCCUCAAAGAACCUCGACAGCUCAACUUCUCCUACAAGAGCACGAAGCUGAGCAGUCAGCCGUUCAGCGGUUUGACCUUCGACACCGACUACAUGGUUCGUGUUGUUCCUUUCCCGACUCUGAUGAACGAGAGCUUCUUCCCUCCGUCCUUCCUCAGAACCAACUCGUGUGAAGUCCUCCUGGGAUCAGACAACCUGGUUUGCAAACCAUUUUGGAAGCCAAAGACCCUGAACGUGUCCCAGCUGGGGUCCAACCUCCACGUGGCGUUCGACCAGGCACCGGCCUCCUUCGGCUUUCACUUCUACUUCCUGUACUACAAACUGCGGCAGGACGGACCCUUCAAACAGCAACGCUGCAAACCAGACGUGAACCAGCACAGAACUACAUGCAUCCUCCAGGACGUCACUCCAGGGACCUACACUAUAGAGCUGAGAGACGACAGUAACACGACCAGGAGGCAAACUCAGUACCACGUCAGCCAGGUCCACUCCCCCUGGGCGGGGCCUAUCCGUGCCAUGGCCAUCACAGUGCCACUGGUCAUCAUGUCCGCCUUUGCCACUCUCUUCACUGUCAUGUGUCGCAAGAAACAGCAAGAAAAUAUCUACAGCCAGCUGGACGAGGAGAGCAGUGAGUCGUCCAAUCACAGUGCAGCAUUGAACACGGACCGGCCGUGGCCCCGCCCCAAGGUCUUCAUCUGUUACUCCAACAGAGACUGUCCCAAACACGUCAGUGUCAUCCAGAGCUUCGCCUACUUCCUGCAGGACUUCUGCAGCUGUGAGGUUGUGUUGGACCUGUGGGAACACCUGGAGAUGUGCAGAGAGGGUCAGAUGGCGUGGCUUAGCAGACAGCUGGACGAAGCCAGCUUCAUCAUCACCAUCUGCUCUAAAGGCCUACGCUACUAUGUGGAGAAGAAGAGCCGCAGAGGAAAGACGCCAGUCAGUCGCCGUAGCAACAGCAACAGCAGCUCUCCAAUUGGUGGAUCGGGCGGUGACCUUUUCAUUGUGGCCGUGGCCAUGAUCGCUGAGAAGCUGCGGCUGGCGAAGCAGAGCGAGGGGGGCGGAGCUCAGGAGCUGAACCGCUUCAUGACGGUUUACUUUGACUAUUCCACAGAAAACGACAUCCCCACCAUGUUGAGUCUGGCUCCCAGGUUUAAGUUGAUGGACCAGCUGCCUCAGCUCUUCAGUCGGCUCCACUCCAGUCAGUCCAGUCUGGCUGAUCGAGAGUCGCAGCCUCACAACGUCUCCAGGAGGAACUACUUCAGAAGCAGGUCGGGACGCUCGCUCUACGUUUCCAUCUGCAACAUGCAUCAGCACAUCAGCCAGAACCCCGACUGGUUUGAGCAGCAGCUGGCUCCUUCAGGAGGUUCCUCAGCCUCCUCCUCCAAACAUCCUCCUGUCCCUGCUGUCCCGGGUCCAAGCCCUCCUCCAAAUCCUCCCUGCCCCUCCUCCUCCUCCUCGUCUCAACCCGAGCAGAAGUUUGACUCUGGCCUGGUGCUCAACGAGGUGGUGGUGAACACGCCGUCCCUGGAGGGCAGGGAGGGAGCGCCGAGGAGGAACAUGCUCCUGUUGGCCCCUGGCUCCAGUGCCAGCCUUAACCCAGGCCACAGUUCUAGUCCCAGUCCCGGUUCAUGUCCCAGUCCCGGUCUCUGUCCCAGUCCAGGCCUGCCACACUGCUCUCUGUCCAUGCUGGGACCCACUUCAAGGUCCACUCCUGGGAUAUCUGGACUGUUACCUGAAGAAUCUUCAUCGUCUUCCUCCUCCUCCUCGUCCUCCGCUCCCUCCAUCCUCCAGGAUGUGGUGUGCCCCGUCCACACCCAGGCAGAAGAAGGCCAUCAAGAGGUCCCGCCCCCUCGAGAUUCGGGCAUCUAUGAUUCGUCCGUCCCGUCCUCAGAGCUCUCCAUUCCCCUCAUGGAGGGACUGUCACAUGACCAGGCUGACUCCUCCUCCCUGGCAGACAGCGAAUCGUCUUCUUCCGGGCUGGGUGACGAGGAGCCGCCUGCCGUCACGUCGCUCCGCUGCAGCGCCGCCACAGUGUGUAAAGCCGAGCUGCACCACCUGGAGCACAGCGACGGACUCGCUCCUGUGGCGUCAUUGUAGGGGACGCCUCCUGCCAAUCAAAAGAGGACCAGCCCAGUGAUGUCAUCACCGGGCCAAAAAUGUAUUGGACCUGAAUCCUUUCUUAAAAGUGCUGUCAUCUAACUGAGGUACUUAGCUCGCCCUGUCUGGAUGAUUUUUGAAGGACUAGAUCUCCAGACGCUGGCAGAGCAGACCAGUUCAAACCAAAGACUGCCUCAGCUCUGCGUCUACAUUGAUUGAUUGAUUGAUUGAUUGAGAGCUAACUGAGUUGAUGUUCAGGCGCUUUUUGAUGCAGAAAUGCAGGAAGACACAACGCCACAAACAACAACAUCUAACAGGAUCAAAGCAGCUUCUGAGGCUUUUGUCAUCUACAACGAUUUUUUACCAAAAGCUGCUGAAUGUAUCAACAACAUCAGGACGUCCAUAAUGUGGCAACAUUCCAACAUUUAGGACCAAAACCAAGAACGAACUAAAUACUUUGGGGGAAACCACAUAUUCAUCAAUGAAUGCUGUCCUUUUUAUAUUAGGAAGAGCAUUUUUUAUUAUAAAGGAGAAUUCCCGUAAAACAGAUAGUAAUAGAACAUUUGAUCAAUAUUCAUUUGAUAUUAAUGAGCAAGAUUUUAUACUCAUGUUUUAACAUCAUACCUUAUUUAAAGGGAUAGUUUAUGUGUUUAUAAGUGGGGUUGUAUGAGGUACUUAUCCAUAGUAGGUGUAUUACCUACAGUAGAUCGGUCGGUGUGACCCCAGCAUUGAGAAACAGACAGGAGCACCGGCACCGGAGCAAAGCAAUAGUGGAUGGGGACGGUGGAAAAACACAUUUUAGCCACCUAAAAAAAUGUAUAUCCGUUUAAGUGUACACUAUAUUUUGAAUAUUUUGCAUGCCAACCGUCAUCUACUUUAAGUAAUACACUGACUAUGGAUAAGUACCUCAUACAACCCCACUUCAGAACACCCAAACUAUCCCUUUGAAAUGUUUUCAACAUAGAUAUGUAUUCUAAAUAUCUGCUGACAAUGACUCAUCCUUGAAGCAGCAAGUAACACAAUGACCACUGCCUAAUCAUAUAUCAUUAAACUGUAAAAUAAUGUUGACAAACUAAACUGUUAAAACUUUACUAAAACCUGCUAAUGUGAUGUAAUAUGGUGCAAGAGUUGGUGACGUAUGUGUUAAAUUGAAAUUUAGGGAUUUUCUCCGCAAGUUCAGAACAUACAACUCAAACUCACGCAGCGGGUGACGCCACUCCUUGGAUACUGUGGUUACAUAUUUUAACGUAUUGAAUAUUAUUGUAACAUUUAUCGUCAUGUAUUUCUUUGUAAUCCUUUUCUAACAUUGUUGCAGGAAGCAGCGAUGAUGAGGGCAUUAUGAAAUGUGACACUUUCGUUGUAAAAUUACUAAACCACUUUAAAGAUGCAUCUAUGGAAGCCCAUUCCUGCCAGAACCAGAGAGAAAUACAUGAAAUGUUGUCAAAUGAAAUAAUGUUACAUUUUCGAAAAAUAACGAGUCCCUCAAAAGAAAGUCAACAUUAUGAACUUUGAUUUUAAAAUUAUGAGAAAGUAGGUCAUGAUUAUGACUUACUAUAAUAUUGGCGUAAAAACAUUUCAUUAUCUCAUAAUUGUGAUUUAUAAAUUAUAGUGAAUUAAUUUGAGAAUAUUUUUAAAAAUCCUCUUUUUUAAAUUUCCUGGCACAAAUGAGCUUCCAUACAAUUUCAAUUAUUGAUCCCAUGAACAUAUUUUUUAUAUCUGACACAUGCAGAAGAACGCUAUGACUGUCAGUGAUUGAUCAUUUCAUGAUCAGUAGCCACAGUCAUUGUGUUCUUUUUUUCAGGAGCAAACUGUUUAAAUUUUUAUAAAGUUUUAUUAUUUCCUGACUCAAAUGUUGAGUUGCUGCUGCAGGCAGGGUGACGACUUCUGGUUCAUCUGCAGGUUUGAGUUUGUUGGAAGGGAAGACUCAGCAUUUCCUACUUGUAAAUAGUAUUCUUAUUUUUAUUUUUUUCCCCUGGAAAUGUCUGGUCUGCUUCAAUUUUGUAUAGUUAGACUGUUGUAUUACUAUUCUUUCUACAUUUUUAUAGAAAUGUACUGUUUUAUAGUACCGUAAUGUAGAAAAUAGAUAAAUCCAUCUAAUAAAACGCUUUUCUUUUCA